GACGGCGAGGAGGAGGAUGAACACAGUGAGGAAGAAGAGGAGGAGGCGGCAGCACAGGGGGUAGAUCUUUACAUAGACCACAGCGCAGAAGAGGAUGGAGAAGGGGAGGAGGAAGAGGAAGAGGAGGAUUGGGAUGGUGAGGAGGAUGGAGAAGGCGAGGUGGAUGGUGGUGAGGAGGAUGGAGAAUGUGAAGAGGAGGAGGAGGUUGAAGAUGAUGAUGGGGACCUGUCCAUGGAAAGUGACAUGGAGGAGCGCCGCCAGGACACCAAGCUCCCCCACGAGCUCUCCUGGGGCCAACGCAAGCAGCUCUACUACGACACUGACUAUGGGAGCGAUGCCCAGGCCAAGGGCAAGCGUAGCCAUCAAGAAGUGGAUGCUGAAGAGGAGGAAGAGGAGCAGGAGGCUCAAGUCAUCCAGAGGCGGUUGGUGCAGGACUUAGGGGAAGAUGAUUACGGACUGGAUGUGAUCCAGGGCUACCUGACUGAACAGCAGAAAACCCGUGAUGGCAAGGGCCAGAAGAUUGAUAAAGACUUGCAGGCCCUUUCCAAAAAGGAGCAGCUGAAGCUACUGAAGCAGGAGUCCCCUGAGCUCCUGCAGCUGCUUGAGGACUUUGAAGUCAAGCUGAUGGAGCUCAAGGAUGAGCUGCACCCACUGCUGCAGAUGGUCAGAAACGGCACUAUCCCGCAGGGGAAGGGCAGUCGCUAUUUGCAGACUAAGUAUCAUCUCUACUUGAAUUACUGUGCCAAUAUCAGUUUUUAUUUGGUUUUGAAGUCCAAGAGGAUGCCAGUUCAUAGUCACCCCAUUAUCGAACGGCUGGUUGCUUACAGAAAUAUAAUCAAUGACCUAGCUGUUAUAGAUCAGAAGCUAUCCUCAGAAGUUCGUAUGCUUUUGAAAAACUACUAUGAUAAGAGGGAAGAUAAAUUACGGAAGGAGAAGAAGUUUGCGGUGUUUCUCCCGCUGGAUGUUAAGAAAAACAAACCAAAACGUGCUCCUGCGCUUGCUAAUGGCCGGGCUGCUGCCGGUGAGCUGUCGGAGGAGUCAGACCUGGAUGAAGAGGCUGCGCUAAAAUACUACAGGAUGAUGGAGGGGAAGCUGAAACUCAAGAGGAAGAGAACUGAAGACCAAGACAUGCUCGAAGAAGAAGCAGCGGUGUUGGAAGGAGAGGAUCCAAAUAAAAAGAGAGGUGUGACCUAUCAGAUGAUCAAGAACAAAGGCCUCACGCCCAGAAGGAAGAAGAUCGAUCGCAACCCCAGGGUCAAGCAUCGGGAGAAGUUUCGGCGAGCCAAGAUUCGCCGCAAGGGCCAGGUCCGUGAAGUUCGGAGGGAACUGCACAGAUACUCCGGGGAACUGUCUGGCAUUCGUGCUGGUGUUAAGAAAAGCAGGAAGCUUCAAUGAUACAUAUUUUUCUCUGUUUCUGAGAG